AGCCAAGAGCCCAAAGAUUGCAAUAAAACAAUUUAUAAUAAUAAAUGGAGAGAUCUUUGCAGACAUCACAGACAAAGAGUGAUGAAGUUAUUGAGUUUGAGAAGACAACCCACAAAGAGAAUAAGAAGACCGACAAGGAGUUGAGGCAAGCUCUUGAGACCAAUUAUUAUUCAUAUGAAUUCGAAGAUGAUUACUUCAACGAAGAUUCAGACAAUAAUGGGAAUGAAGAAGGCUAUGAUAUCUAUUUUACAUCCCAAAGGGAUAUGAACUUUGCUAAAUAUGCACCUUUUAAGGGGUUCAAGACCAAUGAUCUCUGCUUGAAAAAUAUCACCAGAGGGAAUAAGGAUGCCAAAUCUUUUCUAAGCUCCUGAUAUCCAGAGAGAAUUAAUAUGUUUAGGAUUAGUAAUCAAUUUUGACUCAAACUCAAUAACUCAUUGCUUAAUGAAAUAGUCAGGGCGAGCAAUACAAUCUUGAAGGAGAUUGCCAUCUGUGAAUUCAAAAUUACUUCGACUCAAUUUAAGAGAUCUAUUGCUUCUUUCGCUAAUGUGCAGACUGUGAAAUUUCAAUGGUGAACUGUAUCUGUUCCCAAUACUUGAGAUUUCUCUAAAUUAAUGGCAAAUGCUAAAAUGAAACUAUUGGAUCUGAGAGGUACAAUGUUUGAAAAUCUUAAAGAAUCAGAGGAAACCCCUAAAUUAUUUGCCAAGUUAAUCCAACGAUUAGCCACUUCUCCAGAUUUAAAGUUGAGCCUAAAAGAGAUGGAUAUUUGUUUUUGUGACAUUGAGAGAGAAGAAGCAAGCAUAAUUUUGAAUCAAAAUGGAUUUGAUAAAGUUAAAAUUUAAUAAUCUUGCCAAUCUAUUCAAUCAGUAAUUUCUAUGCUUUCAUUCAUACCUUUAUUCUCAUCUAAAACCUAAAUUUACACAACCCCAUGCUACUAAACAUCUUUCACUAACAAACCCAAUCACACACAAUUCCAAAUCCUCCCUUUCAUAUUCAACCCUACCACCCAUCAACCCCUAACCAAUCCUCCCCAAUAACCCCCCAAAUCUAUCCCCCUCUUCACCCCUAAACCCCCUCUCUUCUCUCUACCCCCCUCUUCACCCCCAAUCCCCCAACCCCAUUCUCUGCCACCCCUUCUGCUAACACCCAAUAAUCUCACCUGGAUUUCUCCCUUUAAAGCAUAAUGAAGGCUAUAAUUUGGGAAAAAUUUAAUGUUCGAGCAGGAUUUUUGGGAUUUAAGUUGGAUUAGGGGUUGAGGUGGGUUUUAGUGGAAGUAAUUUAGAGAUUGAGGAGGGGAGGUGUGGAGUGAUGUUUUGGAGGGGAGUUUUAGGGGGUUUUAGGGGAUUGGGGUUGCUGUGGAGGGGAGAUUGGGAUGUAUGGAAAGGGGAGAUGAGGAUUAGGGGUGGGAGAGAGGGUUGGGUGUUUUAAAGUGCAAAUUUUGUAAUGGCUUAAGUAAAUUUAUUAUUUCUUAAAUUCUCAUGGAUCUUAAGAGUGUUUACGGAUCUUGGCUUAUUAUUAUAAACAAGUUUGUUGCAUUCCAUACCAUUAAUCCAAAAAAUUAUAUCACUCCCAAUUUUCUCAAAUCCCUUUAUUUAUCUCUCUUCUAAAAAUUUCACUAUCUCUUCAUUCUGAUAUUUUUUUCAAAUUUCUCUGAAAUCCCCAAAAACCCGUUGCAAGGCAGUACUUGUUGCUUGUCUUUAGCCCAGGUAAGAUAGAGCGUAUUGCAGGAGUCUUGGAGCCAGAAAGAGAAUUUAGCUAAGACAUGUUGAAGAAGUUAAGCCAUCAUUAAUAAUCCUCAACCCCAGCUUUAAACCAUAAGAUAUAGCUCAUCCAUUACCUAAAUAUCUGAACACUUGCAAAUUUUUUCCUCAAAUCAACCCAAAAAUAAAUCCUACCCAAUCCAACCCAAGAAUCUUAACCCUUAAAUCCCCCAACACUCGCUAAACAUUCAUGCCCACUACCCCCUAAUCUCACAACAGAAGCUACCAUUUUCCCCUCCCACACACAAAAAUCCCCACAGCCCCUCAAACCAGCAAGAUUUCUUCCUAAAUGCACUAACCAUUCUCUUUGUUAAUACUUUUGGCCCAUUCUUGGAUAAGUGAGCAAGGGAAGAAGACAAGGUGGUUGAUUGGCAGAGGGCUUAUGG